AUGUCGGACGCAGACAAGCCUGAGGGCAUCCCCGAGGGGGAGCGUGAGCCGGAGCACGAGACUGCGGCCAGUGAAGAGGAGGAGAUUCUGGCGAUGAAGCGCCGAGUUGCUGAGAUGGAGGAAGAAGCCAAGAAGCUCCGCGAGAUGCAGGCGACGCUGGAGCAGCAGUCUGCUGAUCUCGCCGACGACAAGGAGUCUGUGGACGCGCGCAGCAUCUUUGUGGGCAACGUCGAUUACUCUGCCUCCCCCGAGGAGGUCCAGGCGCACUUCCAGAGCUGCGGUUCCAUCAACCGAGUCACUAUUCUCCUGGACAAGUUCACCGGACAGCCCAAGGGUGGCGCCCUUUUCCCCUUCUAUAGCUACGCCUAUGUCGAGUUUACCGAACCUAGCUUGGUGGCCCAAGCCCUCGUCCUGAACGAGAGCGUCUUCAAAGGACGCAACAUCAAGGUCACUCCCAAGCGCACCAAUAUCCCUGGCAUGAGCCGCGGCCGUGGAAGAGGAGGCUUCCGCGGCGGUGGUCGGGGAGGCUUCCAUGGACGCGGAGGAGGUGGUGGAUUCCCCCGCGGCGGCGGCUACCGUGGCGGUUACCGGGGCCGUGGACGAGGCUACGCCCCUUACUAG